AUGUGUCCCCUCCCCCACCACCCCGGUACCGGCCCGAAUGAUGAUAACCCCAUAGGCGACCCUUGGGAUUUGGGUUUCAUGCUUGGGGUGCGGCGAGAGGGAGGCGGGAGGGGACGAGGGAUUUUGCUUGCUGGGAUUGCUUUCCUUGCCGCUGUUGGUGCUGUCCUCCUGAUUGCCAAGGGAGCCAAACAGACUGCUCUAUAUGGAACCUACUGGGGAGGAUACUAUGAUGAUUACUAUGGCAACUACUGGGAUCCCUAUGGCUACGAGCAGGGCAGGAGCGAUUAUUGGAACAACGUUGCGGACUGGGAUGCGCAAGAUCCAUGGAGUUACAACGACUGGGCUGCUAGAGACGCGGCAUGGAGACGAGCAGCGUAUGGAUACGGUCCGUUCGAUACACAGGAGCAUGCUGACUACUACUAUAACCCCGAUCAAGAUGAAUUCGACGAGCAAGCAGCUUACCAAGACUACCUGAACCGAUAUUAUGCUUCUCACACAGGUACAUUCGGCAUCCCCUACUCCCCUGCGGCCGAGGACAGCUACGAGCGUAGAGGAGGGCUGUACAGAGCAGCUGCAAGUCUUGAAGCUGCGGAUGCCAAGUCAAAGCGCAUCGGGCUGUCACAAAAAGCUGGGUUGUCAUCGUCGCCGACCUUCACGCAGUUAGCAGACAACUUCAAGCUCGCAAGGCUGGGUGUAAAUGUUGGAGGUGAUCCCUUCGAUCCAUCUGAGGCAGUCCGCCUGCAAAAGAUGAAAGAGUCUCUCCGCAACCGUCAGUUUGGUUUGCAGAAGCUGGGUGCAUCUGCAGAGGGCUCGAACAACGUUCCUGGGACUUAUACCGAGAACUGCGUUGAGGGGAGUCCGUCUGCUCUAUGUGAUAGAGGAGUGAAGGUUAACGAGGCCACCAACUCAAAGUCUGGUGACUGGAAGGUCGAAGCCGGCAAGAUCGAGCCUUCAUAUCGUGUAGGAAUUUCUCCAGAGCGAGAGCUCUCGCCCAACACUCUUGGGGGAGACUGGCUAGGACAUAUGGGAUCUGCUCCGGUUACGAAGGAAGAGAUUCAGGCCCAGAGAUGA